UGCCCGGAACAAAACGUGAGGAUCGCAGAGAGCUUUGUAGUUUGGAGAUGGGAGACGAAAGGGUGAAGAGUGAGGCGAUGCAGGUGCUGGGAAUGUUCCAAGUUUUGCCUCGUUUGGUCGUCUUUGAUCUUGAUUACACUCUCUGGCCCUUCUACUGUGAGUGUCGUUCCAAACGUGAAAUGCCUACUAUGUAUCCUCAAGCAAAAGGCAUAUUAAAUGCUCUGAAGGAGAAAAGAGUUGAUAUUGCUAUUGCUUCAAGAUCACCCACUCCAGACAUAGCCAACACUUUCCUGGAAAAGCUCCAAAUCAAGUCAAUGUUUGUAGCACAGGAAGUGUUCUCCAGUUGGUCCCACAAGACAGAACAUUUUCAAAAAAUCCACCAAAUAACAGGGGUGCCUUAUAAUGAAAUGCUGUUUUUCGAUGAUGAAGACAGGAACAUAGAGGCUGUUUCUAAAAUGGGUGUAACUAGCAUAUUGGUGAACAAUGGUGUGAACAUUGUGGCUUUGAAGGAAGGACUUACAUGUUUCAAGCAGAAUUUCGCGUCAUUGGAAAAGAACAAAGAAAGAUGGGCUAAGUUCCCUAAAAAGCCAAGUUCAUCACAAAUAGAUGAGGACGAAUGAAGUUUAGCUUGCACCACAGUGAUUUGCAGUAAUUCAGAGCUUAGUUUUGCUUUAGGAAAAUGGCUUCAUCCUUUAUACCAUUCAUUUCGUUAACCUAUGAAUUUCUGGGUGUGUGUUCAUAUAUUUUUAAUCAAGUAAUAGUCUACUAAAAAAAUGUGAUUCGUUUGAAAUGUUUGACAAGAAUGACUUGGCUAAUAUUGUGCUUGAUAUGGAUAAAUUGGGUGAAUUUGCUUAAUUAUUGAAAAAAGUAUCAAACAAUGUUACUACCAUUGUCCCGCGUUAAGGUUCUUGUUAUAAAAUGACACAAUUAUUAAGACUAAUUAAAUAAUGUAAUUCGAG